AUGGCGUCAUUUUACACAGAAGGAAACCAUGUAAAUUUCAGUGUGAACUUCACAUUUAUGACUGACAAUAAGACUGAUGCCGAAUAUAGCGAAAUGUUACCAGUAUCUCUAGUAAUCUUACAAGUCAUCAUCGUCUCAUUCUUCUGUGGAAUUGGAGUAUUUGGAAAUGCACUAACUUUCCUGGCUGUGGUUAAGUUCCCACAUAUGCGGAACUCUACCAAUAUGUUCAUUGCAAAUCUAGCAUUUGCUGGUCUCUUAGUCUGUGCUAUUGUCCAGCCAAUGUUUUUAGUUAGUAUUAUACACAAAGAAUGGCCAUGGGGGGAAGGCUUGUGCAUACUGGUUGCCAUGGUUACAAUCAUAUUCUUUGAAGUGUGUUUGCUCACACAUCUCUGCAUUGCUGUGAAUCGUUAUAUUAUUGUCAGCAAAAAACGCAGUUUGACGCAACGAAUUUUCAAAGUUCGGAACACUAUUUUGAUUUGUAUUGGAGUGUGGAUGUUUGCUUUACUACUUGCUCUGCCCCCGUUAUUUGGAUGGGGUGCAUAUGAUUUCAACAGGAAAACGUUUUUGUGUUUAACUCGGCAACCAGACAGUCUGAGUUAUUCUUGGUUUCUCUGCAUUAUAUGUGCUCUUGUACCUGCUGUCAUAAUUAUAAUUUGCUACAUUCAGAUAUACCUGCAUGUCAGAGCCAGUGGAAGGAGACUUAAACACCAGGGAUCGGUGGGAAAACUUGCAUUGCAAAUGACACCAAGGGCCACUCAUGGUGAAAUACCAAUUGGAAAACUGGAACAAGAAUCAAGCGAAACUGUGUUUGUAGAAAACCCAGCAUGUGUGAAAUCUGCCACGUGCAAACAGGAAAAUGUUGGAAAUUAUUUCCAUAAGGGUAGAACACUAAGAGGAAGUAGUGUUAGUUUCCAGGAUGAAGUAGUAGGAAAUAACAUUUCUCGACAAAACUCAAAGUACGGAAAUCAUUAUCAAAAUCAGAUGAUAGAAUCUGAGGAGUUAAACCAGUGUAGCGGUAAUUUGUCAUCUCCGGAGAAAUCUUCGUCUGUUAUUGAUAUUGUAAUAACUGAUCCAAAUGGUGAUGAUGUUUCAGAAAACCAAGUUGAAUCUGAAGUCAUUCUGUUUUUAGGAAUGAAAAAUAAAUCAGGAAGUAUAGAAACACUUGAAGAUGUCCAAUCUGUGAGUUCAAUUAUUGCUGACAGUACACCAUCUAAGGAAAGUCAAUGUAAUCUGUCAGCAUUGCAACCAAUGUUACCACCGUUUAAUGACACUGAACUUGUAAUAAGCAACCACACUGGAAACAACAAUAGUUAUAAUGUAUGUAUCAUGGCAUAUGGACAAACUGGCAGUGGAAAAACACAUACUAUGUUGGGUCCACAUUAUAUCACAGGUAAUAUGGCAAGUUAUGUGCCUAAAGAACCAUGUGAAAGAGAUGGUACAGUACCUAGGGCAGCAAGGGAACUAUUCAAAUUAAUUCAAGAGAAGCCAGCUGGAUCUCAUACAGUAGAAGUAUCUGUCUGUGAAGUAUAUAACAAUGAUAUUUAUGAUUUAUUGAGACCUGGAUCUGUUAAACAUGAUGUGAUAACAACAAAUGAAGGCUCCAGAGAUGUCCCAUCAUUGACUCAAAAGUCAGUUCAUAGUGCAGAUGAAGUGGUAGCUUUAGUACAAUAUGGUAUGAUACAUAGAUGUACUGAUGCUACAUUGAUACAUGAACACUCCAGUAGAUCUCAUCUUGUAGUUACUUUAACAGUCACAUCUCCUAUUAUGGAAACACCAACAACACCAUCAACAUCAAGAACUGGGUCACCUACUGAUGUGUUUGCUGUACCUCAAGCUCCAAGCCAAGGAACUAGAGAGAACAGACGUCUUUUACCAAAUCCAUUAGGAUCCUGUAGUGGAAGUAUGAAAGCUAUGCGUUCUAGAUCGCCAUCACCAUCCAGAAAUAUAGAGUAUAUGGCUAAUAAUAUGCCUGUGGUGAAAACUAAACUGCAGCUAGUAGAUUUAGCUGGAUCUGAGUGUGUUGGUAUGUCUGGUGUGACUGGUGCUGCAUUACGUGAGACACAAUUUAUCAAUAAAAGUCUGUGUGCUUUGGCUGAUGUCCUAGGUGCAUUAGCUGAACAUAGAUCACAUGUACCAUAUAGAAAUAGUAGAUUAACUCAUCUACUCCAGGACUCUAUUGGUGGUGAUUCUAAGUUAUUAGUGAUGUUAUGUGUGUCACCAGCACAACGCUAUAUCACAGAAUCCAUGCAGUCCUUGGGAUUUGGUAGCAGAGCUAGACAAGUAGCUCGUGGUCCUAUCAAGAAACGACCAGCCAUGUUAGCAGGUAUUGUUCCAGUAGAACAUAGCAGUGGAUCAACCAGCCCUACAUUUGAGUUGAGGAAACCACCUCCAUCACCAUCCCCUUCCUGGCUAUGUAAAUCAAGUAGUGGUGGCAUGUCUGGAGAGAGUGGACUAGUCAGUAAUACACCUGAUAGACGACGUGCAUUUCAUCAGCGUCAUAACAACCACCAAAGGGAUAGAGGGUUAAGUGCUAGUAUCAGUGACAGCACACCACCGCCAUCACCAAGACAAUCUCCAAAGAUACAAACUGAUACCGGUCCAUUGUCCCCUGGUAAAGGGAAAGGAGGUUCAUCAAGACCAUCUAUGAUUCCAGCUUAUGUUUCCUUGGAUUCAGUAUUGUCAUCAUCAGCAAAUAAAAACAGAGCGUCACCGAGUAUGGAACAGUUGUAUCAAAGUGGUAGAAAUUCUCCCAGAACAAGAAUGCCCUCACAUGGUGCAGACAGAAGAUAAAUGUACAUAUUCUUGCCAUCAAUGUUUUGAACAAAGAUAACUAGCUCCAUCCAUAAUAUAAUUACUUUUACCACAAUUAAGUUUAACUUUUUAUAAAAUCAUCAAUAUCCAGAGAGUUCUAGGUUACUGCCCUCUACUCAUGGCAAAAUAUUUUGUGGUCUUAUUUUUAAUAAAACUAACACAUUUUUAUUCUUUUUAAAUAAAUGUUCCAAGUUUUGUUUGUGAUUUAUGUAAAUUGUCUUAUAUGAAAGUGAUAACAAUUUCUUUGCAUUAACAAAACUGAAAAAUGACGACUCAAUCAGAUUAUCUUUAUCAGUGUAUACA